AUGGCCACAUUAGCGGAACAUCCGGUUGUCGCCCCGUCGACAUACGAUCAGGAUAUCGAUACCUUCCUCAACCUCGAUCAGCUCACCUAUACCACAUCAGAGCCUGCCAGGCCCAAGGCGGCCCUGGCUCAACCAUCCAUCCCUCCGACAGAGUUCAACGCUGGUGAUCUUCGAAGCGCGAAUUUCGCCGCAACGGGUCAAUCACCGAUUGCUUUUCAAGGCCCGAGCCACCAGUAUGACGAGCACAAGCAGCAGACAGGUCUUCCCCCAGGUGCCCUAGCUCAAGCAAUGACUUUCAACCAAAUGAACGGAAUGGGGUACGGUAGUGCCAGCCCUGGCUACAUGAUGAACGCCGACAUGUUUACCGGUACUCAUAUGAAGCGUGAGGACGCUUCUCUCGACUUCAACGCAAUCCCGAGCCGCAACCCUUCAGAGAUGGACCUGGAGUCCGAUAACAUGGGUACGGUCCCCGGCUAUUUCUUCUCGCCAAACCCCAACAAGAGCCAGUUCGUCGACCCCAGCGCCCUCGGUGGUCAGGAGGUAGUUCCCGUUGGUCCAUCUACCCAGGUCGGUCGCAUGUACCCCGGAAUGCAUCAGCAGCAGGCUGCGAUGGCCAAGGCGGCUCAACAACAAAAGCAUCAUGAAAUGAUGCGCCAGCAACAACAAUUACAGCAACAACGUCGGAUGGAAGAGCAGAUGCAGAACAAUGGAAACCCUCAGGUCCAGCCCCCUCGCAACACGAACCCGAUUGUGGAAGAGCGCAUCACUCGUCUUUUGCAGCAAAUGAGACAGUCCAGCACCUCGAGCUCGCCGUCUGACUCUCCCAGCCCCUCUGUCUUGCCUCAGAUGGCCAAGGCCAAGAAGGAUGAACAAGAUAUGGAUGAAGAUGAGAGACUGCUCGCUAGUGAAGAAGGCAAGAAACUUAGCAGCAAGGAGCGCCGUCAACUUCGUAACAAGGUCUCCGCUCGUGCUUUCCGGUCUCGCAGAAAGGAAUACAUCGGUCAGCUUGAGAGCGAGGUUGCGGCGAGAACCAAUGAAGCUCAUGAGUUGCGCCUCCAGAACCGUGCUCUGUAUGAGGAAAAUGCUCGUCUCACCGAUCUUGCACGCAUGCUUCUGUCCUCCCCCAAUUUCUCCCAGUUUUUAGAUGAGAUGUCCAUCAACGGAGUCUCUACCUCGGCUCAGCCGCAGCCGCCUCAGCAACAACAGCCGCAGCAACUGCAGUCCCAGCCCCAACCCCAGCAGCAGCCAACUAUGCAGGCCAACGUGCCCAAGGACACCAACCACGGCCAUGGAGCCCAGGAAUUCGCCAUGCAACAGAAUCCUCAAGUCGGUAUGGUUGUUGUCCCUAACCAAGGACUCGACGUAACUGCUAUGGGCAUGAACAACGCUGGCUGGAACUCCGGUAUUGAUAUGAACUACAACCCAUCAGUGUUCGCUGUUUUGGAAGUCCCCGAGCCCUCGAUCAUCGAUACCGAAAUUCUCUCCGGCAAGUCUUUCAGUGUUGGAUCCUACCUUCCUGAGGUUACGGAUUCCAAGAACGAAUUGCCCGUUUUCGAUCGUAUGCUCAAGUCUGAGGAGGUCAGCGUUGGCGUUGAAAACCCAGAUGUUGAAUUUGACGAAUCGGAUCCUGCAUUUGCUCUCUUCGCCGACUCCCCAGUUACUUCUCAACAAGAGUCGUUUGAUAUCUCCUUCAACGGAGUUGAAUCAGAGAAAUCUGCACAUGCAUUCGAAUUGGUGGUCGAGAAUGAGUCCCGCGAUGCAGAGAACCGUUUCUCUUACCUCUGUCACAGUAUGGAAGCAGCUUUCCAGCGUGUUUCCAUGGUCACCUCUCAUCUCUCAUGA